AUGGCCUCAAACAUCUCCAACGAUCUGGUCUGGCAGAUCACCCGCAACCAGAACUCCUUCCUGGUUAACCGCAACUCCGGCGGUGGCUUCCAGUUCUCCCGGGACCCCCUGAACCUGCUGAACAAGCACUCCUACAAGGCUGUCGGUGUCCAGGCUACUGAGAACGGUGUCGCCGUGACCACCAAGAAGCCCAGCAACCCCCAGCAACCCGGUCAGAACUUGGUCACUGUGACUUACGGUCCCAGCACCUCCACCCGCAAGAUCUACAAGGGUGUUGCCGACAAGACCGCUAAGAACAGCUACCGUGCUGAUCUCCGUGAGGAGGCCGUCGCCCGUGUGAGCGCCGUUCGCCGCUCGCAGCUCCCCAAGAAGGAUGCUCCUGCCCAGAAGCUCCGUGGUUCCAAGGCCCGCAAGGCUGAGGAGUCCGAGUAA